AUGACCUUAAUAAUUAAUGGAAAGUCAUUUUUAGGAUUAUUAGGUACUGGAGCCGAUAUUUCUAUUUUUCGCUCUGAUCAUUGGCCUUCAUCUUGGCCCAAACAUGUGACACAAACUCAUCUACAGGGAAUUGGACAUUCUCGGGAAACCGAGCAAAGUGCGGCCGUAUUACAAUGGACAGAUCCUGAAGGACAUAGAGGAUAUUUCCAACCAUAUAUCCUGGAAGGAUUGCCAGUCAAUCUAUGGGGUGGUGAUGUGAUGAAAGAUAUGGGAGUGUAUCUUUAUAGCCCCAAUCCCCAAGUGACUCAACAAAUGUUAAAUCAAGGGUUUGUACCAGGUCACGGUUUGGGGAAACAGAGCCAAGGGUUAAAGUAUCCCGUUGUUUCCACAGGCCAACCAAAUCAAGCUGGUUUUGGGUAUUUUUAA